AUGAACUCCAUCUACAUCCCGUGCAUACAAGGGCUUCUCUCGCUCGACUGCUGUGUGGGGAUCAUAGGAGGACGACCAAAACACUCUGUCUACUUCAUUGGCUUCCAAGAUGACAAGCUGAUUCAUCUCGACCCUCACUACUGCCAAUCUGCACAGAUCCUGGAGGAUGGCGACGACCCCUGUCAGUUUGAUACCAAGACUUACCACUGCCCCACCCCCCGUAAAAUAUUGGCCAAUAAAAUGGACCCUUCCUGCACCAUUGGGUUCUACUGUAAAGGGCUGGCAGAGUUCCAUGCUCUGAGAGAAGAGGCAGAGAAAGUGCUCGCUCCUCCAAAGCAGAAAGUGCAAAGGUGUGUACCCUUUUUCACCUUCAUGGACAAGAGCAUCGGGGAGACCAUCGACACAUCUGUUGACAUGCAGCUGGGCUCUCUCUCGGGCAACGACCUAUUACUACAUGCCGACGAUUUUGACAACCUCGAAUUUCAUUCCACUUCAGAUGAUGAGGAUUUUGUGGUGGUGGAUUGCAAGGCUCCAACGCAGCGGAGUUUUAGUGAUCCCGGAUCAACUAAUAAUAGUACCACUCGUAUAGUGCCUGGAACUAGUCGAACACUGUCGGAAAUUAACACACCAUCGAGGGACGAUUCAAGCAAACCUAUAGACACUAGCUAUACUGUCCUCAUCCCUUGA